AACCCUCCUCAGAAACAGGACAGGGGAUGCUGGCAGUAUAGCUUAAGAGGUUUACAGAGGUGUUGGGAGGGUGCAGCUGUAGAUAAAAUAGGUUUACACAAACAAGUAGAACGUUAUUCUUCACUGGCAUCUCAAAUUCUAUCACCUGACUUGCUUGAAGAAGACAAAGACCAGGCUUGAUUGAAGUUUAAGUUUUGUAAGAUCUUAAUAUCAGAAAAUUCGACCAAAAGGCUAGUUUAGGUGGAGAGUUUUCUAAUCUCAGCAGUUGUUUCUGUCAGUGGUGGUUAAAGCAUCAGUGUCAGAAUGUGCUCAGGAGGCUUUGCCAAAUGUCUGGGGAUCAGUCUGAUGCCUCUGUCCAUUAUUUGUGUUCUGUGCAACAUCCUGCUCUUCUUCCCCGGAGGAAAGUCUGUGGACAGCGACCACAUCACACAGCAGGUCUGGUACUUUGGAGGCAUUCUAGGAUCAGGAGUGCUGAUGAUCUUCCCAGCUCUGGUCUUCCUGGGUCUGAAGAACAAUGACUGCUGCGGUUGCUGUGGCAACGAAAGCUGCGGAAGGAGAUUUGCAAUGCUGAGUUCUAUACUGUUUGCAGCUGUCGGUGUUGUCGGUGCUGGAUACUCAGUUAUUGUUUCUGCUGUGGCCAUCAACCAAGGACCUCAGUGUGUGGUUAAUAUUACAGCAAAUCAGUGGGACUAUCCCUUCUUAAACGUAGACUAUCUGUCCAACAAAACUGCCUGGGAUGCUUGCAAAGAGCCGCCUAACGUGGUGUCCUGGCAUCUGUCUCUGUUCUCCGUGUUGCUGGUCAUGGGUUUGAUCCAGAUGGCGCUGUGUGCUGUUCAGGUGGUGAACGGCCUGCUGGGAGCUCUGUGUGGGGACUGCUGUGGCUGCUGUGGAGGGAGCGACGGCGCUGUCUGAGCACCUCCUGUGGCUGAACACGGCUGUUUUUCUGUAUUUAUUCUGUUUUUAGAGGUCAAGUUUUAGCCUGCAUUCUGUAGUAAUAAGUUUCAGGACAAGAGCUCAUUGUUCAUGGUGUACAACUUCUAUAAAAGCACUGUGGAAAUGACAGAGUUCUUUAAAGGUUUCCUAUUUACCCUCUAGCAAGCAAUGGUGGCUCCGUCUGCUUAAUAUUAAAUCUGAAUGAGCACCUGCUGCAACUAAUUUUCAACACUAAUGUGUGUAGUUAAUGAUUUUCCUACUGCAACAUUUAUUUGUAUCAUUCUUUGAUUCUGCAGAGGUUACAUUGCUUUAAAUAAUGACAUAAAGAUCCUAUUUUUGAUAUACAGUAUUCAUGGAAAACACGUGAUCAGCAGACGAUUGCUUUGAAUAUUUUAAAUACUGUGUUUUUUUUUCUAAUGGAGACAAACUCAAGGAAAUGAGCAGGUUAUUAAACAACUAAAUUUUAAAAAAAAAAAAAACUUUUUUAAAAAUGUCCUGUCUUUACAUCAGGAAUUUUGUGUUUGCUAGCUGCCCUCUGCUGGGCAAUAAGUAUAAAACCAAUGUGUAACCACUAUCUGUAUCUGCACCUGUGCUAUUAAAAUCUGGUAUCUUCUUCUUU